UCACGCAUCACCUCCUUCCUCUCUACAGAGGUGGAGAGACUGAUGCUGGUGAGAGUCAGAGUGAGGAUUCAUGUGUGUACACGUUGGACUGGAGUAUGCGCGCACUUUGGUCCAGGCUGUAAUUACUUGUUCCUUCCCUGGCUGCGUCUACCCACGUAUUUGUGUCCGCUCCUCAAGAUCCCCCACCUUCAUUAUCUGGAACUCACUUCUGCAACUCUGUCAAGGGAUGACGGUACAGCUGUAGGCCGCGCCAUGGGCUCCGAGGAGCGCGGCGCCGCCAUGCCGCCCAAGAUCUCCUCCCUGUCGCGCAGCAACAGCAGCUCCUCGUCCAAACUCGACAGCCGGCAGGACAGCUGGGAAAUAGUGGAGGGCCUGCGUGGGGGCUUCGGCAACGUGCAGGAGCCGCAGAAACAGGAGGGCUACGUGCUGAAGAGGAGGAAGUGGCCCAUGAAAGGGUGGCACAAGAGGUACUUCUUCCUGGACAAGGGCGUCCUGAAGUACGGCAAAUGCAGCGCCGACAUCGAGAAGGGGAAGCUGCACGGCUGCAUCGACGUGGGCCUCUCGGUCAUGGCCAUCAAGAAGAAGGCCAAGUGCAUUGACCUGGAUGCGGAGGAGAACAUCUACCACCUGAAGAUUAAGUCGCAGGAGCUGUUCGACGAAUGGGUGUCGAAGCUGCGCCACCAUCGGCUGUAUCGGCAAAACGAGAUCGCCAUGUACCCCGGCGACAAGUCCUUCUACUGCCCCCACCACCCCUCCCCCAGCUCCCCCGGCCGCACGGAGGCCGCCUCCGUCAGAAAGUGCAUGGCUCUGCGGAGGCAGUCCACCGUCCCCUCGCCCGGAGUCUUCCCUCUGCUCUGCAACAGCCAGGCCAAGGUCACGGCCUGGCUCCAGUCGUCCGACGACAUGGACAAGUGCUCCAAAGAUCUGUCCGCGUGCGAGGCCGACCUACUGGAGCUCAGCCACCUGCUUCAGAGCAUGGAGGUUCUGCAUCGCACCUAUUCAGCUCCGUCCAUCCAAGCGCUGCAGGCAUCAACAUUUGACAGUCCUAAGAAGGAAAAGAGACUUCCGAGGAAAUGGCGCAGUAAGAACUACAACAAAGAUCCCAAGACGACUCUGCAGGUCCCCAGCUGCAUCUCCUCCGGGUCUAUCCGCCUGCACGCCUCCAACCCCAACCUCUCCACGGCGGCUCUCGGCAGUGACAAAGCUGACCCCGAAUCCCUGGACUCCCCCUUCGAUGUGGCCAAAUUGCAGGAGGACUUCUGUCGCGUCGCCACCAACUUGCACGCCACCAUGAAGUCAGCCCUGGGUUUGCUCACGUCCGAGCGAGAGCGGCUGAAGCAGUGUCUGGACUAUGAAGCGUGUCCUCCUACGUCACCGCAGGUUGUGGGUUUGAAGAACACACUGGCAACAGCUUUGGCCCAGAACUCUGAGCUGAGAGAGCGCCUGUGCAGGAUUCACGCCGAGUCCCUGGUCGCAGAGCCCACACUAGUUAAUCUCACUGCCUCUGUGCAGAAACAGGACUCGGUGGAUGAAUCUCGCCCCCUCGUGCACCAAGUGUCCAAUGAGAGCAGAGCAUCGAUAUCAGAGUCUUUGUCAGAGUUCUUUGAUGCACAGGAAGUCCUGUUGUCUGCUAGUUCAUCUGAAAAUGAGGUGUCCGAUGACGACUCGUACAUCAGUGACAUCAGUGACAACAUAUCCAUGGACAACUUCAGCAAUGGCACGGAGAGCGAGAGGCCAAACUCAGGCUCUGUGGACCGAGGCGCAGUCACCUGCGCGCGCAGGUCCCGCCUGCCGGCGCCCAGCCCCACCAGCAGCACCGUCAGCCUGUGGAACAUCCUCAGGAACAACAUCGGCAAGGACCUGUCCAAAGUGGCCAUGCCCGUGCAGCUCAACGAGCCGCUCAACACCCUGCAGAGGCUGUGCGAGGAGCUGGAGUACAGCGAGCUGCUGGACAGGGCCGCCGCCACGCAGGACCCGUUUGAGCGCAUGGUGUACAUAGCCACGUUCGUCGUAUCGGGCUACGCAUCCAGCUACUACAGAACUGGGGGAAAGCCCUUCAACCCUGUUCUGGGGGAGACGUACGAGUGUGACAGGCCGGAUAAAGGCUUCCGGUUUGUUGCUGAGCAGGUGAGCCACCACCCGCCCAUCUCAGCGUGUCACGCCGACUCCAAAAACUUUGUCUUCUGGCAAGACGUGAGGUGUAAGAACAAGUUCUGGGGGAAGUCGAUGGAGAUUGUUCCCGUGGGAACCACUCACGUGACUCUGCCCGAAUUUGGAGACCACUACGAGUGGAACAAGGUGACGUCCUGCAUUCACAACAUUCUGAGUGGACAGCGGUGGAUUGAGCACUACGGGGAGAUCUCCAUCAGAAACUCCAGCAGCAACGUCUGCCAGUGCAAGAUCACGUUUGUUAAGGCCAAGUACUGGAAUUCCAGCGUGAACGAGGUGGAGGGAACCAUUGCCGAUCAAAAAGGGAAAGUCAUCCACAAACUCUUCGGGAAGUGGCACGAGGCCGUGUUCUGCGGAGACCCUCCUUCGGCCACGUGCGUCUGGAGAGCAAAUGCAAUGUCAAUGGACCACGAGCAGUACUACGGCUUUACCAAGUUUGCUGUUGAGCUCAACGAGUUGGACCCAUCUCUGAAACUGCUGCUGCCGCCUACAGACACCAGGCUGCGUGUGGACCAAAGGCUGCUGGAGGAGGGGAACUUAGAGGCUGCAGACGAACAGAAGCAGAGGAUCGAACAGCUGCAGAGAGACAGGCGAAGAGUCCUGGAGGAGAACAGCAUAGCACAUCAGCCCAAGUUCUUCAGGAGGUCGAAGGAUGAUACCUGGGUGAGCAACAACACCUACUGGGAGCUGAGAAAGGACCCCGGCUUCGCCCACAUUGAUUUCCCCAUCCUGUGGUGAUCACUGCACACGUUUGAACCUUCACAGCCUCUACUGUGAACCAGAGCGGCUCCGGCGCCGCCUGAUCACGCACAUUGGGUCCUGCUGUUCAUCCUAUUGCCUUAGUAGCAAGUGCUUAUCUCGGUUGUGUAAACAUGUUUAUGCAAGUAUAUUAUGUGAAUGUCGAUCAUUUGAGGCGGUUCUUGCCCCAUAUUUCCACUUGUGAUGUCACACUGCACAACUUGAACUGAAAUAUAAAAAAUGAAAACUAUGUGGCGUGAAGGAAGUGGCACAGCGGCGCCAAAUGCACCGAACGACCAGUCACUUUCGCUGUGGUCUUAUUGUGGACAUUCUCUACCUCUGAGAUUAACUAGCCUUGAUAUGCCAUGAUGUAUACAUUCAAUAUUUAUUGUGCACCUGCCUGAUGCCUUACUGGUUGUACAAAAAACAAAUGUUCAGUUCUUUAUCGUUGCAUUUCUUUAAUACUUUAAGACGUUUGUUGUGUAAGGAAGUCUUAAGAACAAACGUUUGUUUGUUCGUAUGAUGUAUAAUCCUUACUUACUGGAUGUAUCGUCCUGUUGCGUUGUAAUUAAUUAUUAAUUAUAAAUAUAUAACUAUUAGCUUUAUAUUUUGAGUGGGAGAAUGAUUGUGCAACUAUGGGCAGCAGUAGCAAACAUCAUAUCACUUUUACCAUUGCACCAUUGUCUGUAUGGACCAUGGGCCUCUGGACCAGAACUUUCCAAAACUAUGCUCCAUGAGCUCAAAUAAAAUCUCAGACGCAUA